CUCACUCAGCCUCAGGGAUGGCUCUUCAGGAUGUGUGCAAGUGGCAGACUCCCGACACUCCCAGACCAUCCAUUCACUUGCCUCAGGCCGGUGGCUGGGCUGUACCCCGGGGCUGUGACCCUCAAACCUUCCUGCAGAUCCAUGGCCCCAGGCUGGCUCAUGGCACCACUACCCUGGCUUUUCGCUUUCGUCACGGUGUCAUCGCUGCGGCUGAUACUCGGUCCUCCUGUGGCAGCUAUGUGGCAUGUCCAGCCUCACGGAAGGUCAUUCCUGUGCACCAGCGUCUCCUGGGUACCACCUCUGGGACCUCUGCUGACUGUGCCACAUGGUACCGGGUGCUACGGCGGGAGCUGCGGCUUCGGGAACUGAGGGAAGGCCAGCUGCCCAGUGUGGCAGGCACGGCCAAACUCUUGGCAGCUAUGAUGUCCUGCUACCGCGGUCUGGAUCUGUGUGUGGCCACUGCCCUCUGUGGCUGGGACCACUCUGGCCCUGCUCUCUUCUAUGUCUACAGCGAUGGCACUUGUCUGCAGGGAGAUAUCUUCUCAGUAGGCUCUGGGUCUCCCUACGCCUAUGGUGUGCUUGAUCGUGGCUACCACUAUGACAUGACCAUCCAGGAAGCCUACACCCUGGCCCGCUGUGCUGUGGCCCAUGCCACCCACCGUGAUGCUUAUUCAGGGGGCUCAGUGGACCUCUUCCACGUUCGGGAGAGCGGAUGGGAGUAUGUAUCCCGCAGUGAUGCUUGCGUGCUGUAUAGGGAGCUGCAGAAAGCCCGGAGCUUGGAGCAGGAGCUGGAGGCAAAAGCUUGUGGAAUCUAUCCUGAGCCUGCCACGCCGCAAGGUGCUCGAGAAUGUAAAGAACUCUUUGUGGAGCAAGAGGAGGUGACGCCAGAAGACUGCGCGAUAAUAAUGAAGACUGAAACAAUGUAAGAAAGGACAGAACUUGGGGACUGCCAGGACAAGGGACUAGGGGAUGAAGCUGCCUUGGCAGGGUUAGUUCUGGGAGCAGCCCCGGGCAUCUGGCUCUGGCCCUUUUGGGUUUCCUGCUUUGUUUAAGUUCCCAUCCUCUCUGCUUCCCAGAGCUACUGAUGUCUCUGUCCAACAUGUUCUGAUGAUACCUGAUGGAUGGUAUUGCCUCCUUCUGCCUCUAAAGUGACUAAACAAACACUCAUUGCAUGCCUACUUUGUGCCAACUGUCAUGCUAUGUGCUGGGCCCUCUUUUGUCAUUCUACCCCAGUUGGUAUUCUCAUUUUGGUCCUUAUCUGGUUUGUUUUCUCUUUCAGCUGGUCACCUUUUCAACUUGGUCAGGCUGAAUGGCCAGGAGAGAGCCUAGUUUAGUGAUGGGCUUGUCUCUGCUGGCCCUCCACACCCUGACCCCCACCAUGACUGUAAUGGCUAUAAUGAUUCCACCUAUACUGAGUGCAGUUCCCAUGACAGCUUUUGCAAGCAUGAUUGUUUAUUGAAGCUGGGUCAGGUUUAGAGAGUUACAGGACUUACGCAGGUUACAGUAGGUGACAAUGUUGUGGGGCUUAAGACACUCUUAAUCCUUCCCCAGCUCUCUGCAUCUUUCCCUCCCAGCCUCCACUGUCUUGCCUUGUUUUUCUGCCUGCAUUGCAGGCUUCUGGGGAAUGGGCCAAACCCCUGCCUGUUGUCUGGAGAUGAAUGAACUCCAAGGAACUCAUGGGCUUGGAGGGAAGAGCUCAGAGAAGCUGCCCAUUCCCGGUCUCAUCUUGCUGUGUUGGUCAGGGUUUGAGCCAUGCCCUGUAGCACACACAUCCCUGCUCUCUACCCUGCAGAUCUCUCCCUGCUUCUUCGCUCCGGCCUCUCCUGGUUGCUCCUGCUGGAGAAUGAAGACCAGAGGCAGGGUGCUGUGCCUCUGGUGCCAGCUAGCACAUCUGGCCUUCCUGGCCUGCUCUGGACGUCCAGGAUUUCAGCUUCAGGAACACCACUGCCUCCUCCUCAGGGCUGGGCAUCCAGAGAAAGGGAACCCAAAGAACUUUCCUCUCACCUGAAGCCUCCAGUCCUAAGACUGACAACUGCUUCUCCUUCCUUGACAGUGUGCACUUCGAAUUAAGAAUUCUUUGAAAUCAGACUUAGACUUACAGAUUCUUACCCAGACUCUCCAAACUCUGGAGAGUCAAAAGGCAAGCUGGGGAGCCCAGAGAAAAUGGAGGAUGGGCAGUGGUGAUGCACAACUUUAAUCCCAGCACUCAGUAGGCAGCAGCAGGCGGAUUUCUGAGUUGGAGGCCAGCCUGGUCUACAGAGUGAGUUCCAGGACAGCCAGGGCUACACAGAGAAACCCUGUCUUGAAAAACCAAACCAAACCAAACCAAACCAAACCAAACCAAACCAAACCAAACCAAACCAAACCAAACCAAACCAAACCAAGCCAAGCCAAACCAAGCCAAACAAACAAACAAACAAACAAACAAACAACCCUACAAAAAACAAGAAACAAACAAACUCCCAAACCCAGAGUGCUACAGAAAGGUUCCCAAUACAUGGGGUCUGGCUUGCAAGCCAGGGUAGAAAUCUGGCUAUUGGCCUUCAAAGCAUCCUUCAUCCCCUGCAAACUUCCUAGCCUUGGGGAAGAGAUAUGAUCCUCCAGGAGUGACAUCCAAAGGUUAGGGAUACUGAAGAAGCAAAUGAGGAGAGGUCAUUUUUUUUUUUUUUAAGAUUUAUUUCUUUUAAUGUCCUGUUUUCAAACACACCAGAAGAGGGCAUCAGAUCCCAUUACAGAUGAUUGUGAGCCACCGUGUGGUUGCUGGGAUUUGAACUCAGGACCUCUGGAAGAGCAGGCAGUGCUCUUAACCUCUGAGCCACCUCUCCAGCCUGAGAGGUAACUUUUGCACAGGCAUAAGUGGGUUCAGAUUCAUGGCCAUUGAUGAGGGUCUUAUGUCCAGCUGUCGGGGAAUGAGUUAAGAUAGGCAUCUGCACUUCAGUGUGGUGGGCGAGGCAUGUGGUGUUGUUCUGUGGAAGAGAGAGGAGCAGCACUUGACUCAGAGCAGCCGCUGCAGCCUGUGUAGCCCAGCGCUAGCCAUCAUGCACAGUGGAGAGCCACAAAAAAGAGGAGGUUGGGGCGGGGCUGUAUAGGAGCCUAUGGCUGCUCCUCACCCUGGUCUACUCUGAGGCUUUCAGGCAGUGAACAGAGGCAGGGGCAGAGGGAUGGUCUGGGACCUGGGAUGAACAUCUGGGACCAGCCAAAGGCUGCUGUGCAUCUCAAUCCCCUGAGAUGCUCUGUGCCUCUCUUCUCAGACUGGACAAGGAGGCUAGAACCCUGAAAGAGCAGAACUUGCAUCUACAUCCGUCUCCUCCUCUCUCCUCUCUCUUCCUUCCAUGAUCUUAUUCUUGGUCUUAUUCAUGAUCUUAUUCUUAUUCUUGAUCUUCAUUCUUCUUGGCAGGUGAUGAGAUAUGUAAGCUUACAGGUUUUGCUGAUGAGCUUGUAUCCCCAAACCCUGUAAGAAUUUCGAGGGGCUGAGAGAUGGCUCUGCAGGUAAAGGUACUUGCCACCAAACCCGAUGACAUACGAGUUUAGUCCCCAGGACUGACAUGUGGAAAAGGAUAGGAAAAAGAUACACUGUGUAAAUACAUGAACCAGGAAAACAUUUAAACAGUGUUUGAGGAAAUGUUUGUCUUGUUGUUGUUGUUGACUUUAAAUAUGAGUGUAUGCAUGUAUGCAUGUAUGUAUGUAUGCAUGUCACAUGCAUGCCUGGUGCCCACAGAGGUUAGAAGAGGGUAUCAGGUCUCCUGGAAGCAGAGUUCUGGAUGAUUGUGAUCCACCACGUGGGGGCAGGGAAUCAAACAGGAGGACCUUCUGGAAGAGUCAAUGCUAAGUCACCUCUCCAGCCCCAGGUUCCUCUCAGUGUUUUUGCUUUAAUGCUUUUUUUAGACUCAUGUGCAUGGAUGGGUAUUUUGCUCCAUGUAUGUAUUGUUCCACAUACUUGCCUGCUGCCUGCAGGUCAGAAGAGGAUAUCAAAUCCCCUGGAGUCAGAGAUGCUUGUGAGCCAUCAUGUGGGUGCUGUUUGUUGUGAGUUUAUAGCCAAUCAGCCUCUAUCCACAUAACAACUUCUUAGUUUUUCUAUUUCUAAUUUAUGCUGUACUUUUGUUUUGUUUUGUUUUGUUUUUCGAGACAGGGUUUCUCUGUAUAGCCCUGGCUGUCCUGGAACUCACUUUGUAGACCAGGUUGGCCUCGAUCUCAGAAAUUCACCUGCCUCUGCCUCCCGAGUGCUGGGAUUAAAGGUGUGUGUUACC